UAUGCCGCAAGACCAGGAAGUUUCAAUGGAAGGAACCAGUUCCCCUCAAAGGAACGAGCGAACGAACACAGGCGACCCUGCCGUUGGUGAACGAACGUUCCAAACCCCGUCUCCUCCCUUGGAUGGAGGUGAAGCAGGUCCCCCUCCUUUCCCCCGUCAAAACCCUCCCCCCGUCCCACGAGAUGGCCUAAGCGUAGACAGUGAAGGAGAAAGGAACCCUUCCAGCCCUUCUGCGGUGGAUACUCCGGCGAUCAGCCCAGAGGAAACGUCUCCGGCUGCAGCUCAUCUUGCAUCGUCGAACCAUUCAGGGCCUCAUCAAGCAUCCACCAAUGGACGGACGUCGUCGGCUGACGACGGGGUGAUUACACACAAUCUUUCACCUGAGCCUACUACUUUCGCCACCGAAGGGCAUUCGACGCCUCCUUUGGCUCAGGACCAGAUCCUGGCUACUAACAACCCGGGCGAAACGAAUCGCGCGCUCGUUGACCACGGAGCCUUGCCUGCUACUGCGGGGCCAGCGGUGACGAAUGUAGUCGGGGGUCAAGGGGAAGGUUGUGAGAGGGAAAGUUCUGACGGGGGAAGGGAGCGCCAACCUAGCCAAGGGAGCCAAGCAAGCAUUCCGCCCCAAGUGUAUCCCUUCUCGAGAGAAGAUACACAGGCGAUUCAAGCUACAUCUACAAGCACGACCCAGUUCUCAGACGGCGGGGAAGCUUUGCAUCCGCACGAAGAGGAGAAUCGCGGCGUUGUUGACGGGGGCGACGGCACGCGACCACGACCUGAUGGACGACAGCGUCAUUAUGGAACUCAAGGACCCUACGGAGCCAUCCAACCAAAUGCGGCUCCUACCCCUACCAUUCCGAAUGUACAUUUGGAAGCCCGCUUGCCGUCAUCGCCGCCAUCUUCUAGAAGACCCUCCGUUCAAGAAAGUGCGACAACCACUGGCCAUUCUCAGGGCUCUGUUGCUGAAGAUACGCAAAUUUCGGAAAGAAGGAAAAUGGAGUCUUCCUUCAAGUCCCAACCCAGUGAAAAUCCCUCGAAGGGCCCUGGAGAACAGGCCACUUCAACAAUCUCUCCAUUGAUCAGUUUUAAUAACCCAAGCUCUAAAGUUCCCAAAGCACCGCAAGUAGUUGCGCCACAUUCGACUUUUGUUGAUCGACAAGUACGAGGUAACUGUACUCCUGAUUUGACAACAAGCGUAAUCCAUAUUGCCUCACUCCCAGCACCGCACGGUAACGUUUCUGACUUGAACGCAAGAGAUCGCAACCGUGAUGCAGCCAACCCGGCCCCACAAUCCCCGUCUCCCAGAGCCCGUGCAGGCUCCCGCGAGAAUUCUUCCAGUCCACCUGUCACUACGAACCAGGCAGAGGGAAAUAACAUGGGCGAUGGAGGCGUAAAAAAGUGGUUGAAACGCAUAGGGUCUUUCAUUGUAGCUUGCGGGUCUUGCAUUCUGUCGGGCUUCACCAUCGUCGAGAAGCUAGCAAGUGCCUA